GAGAGCCAGGAGCGGGUGAUGCUGUUGCAGGCCACCAUCAAUUACGAGCAGGACGAGGUGCAGCUUGCCAAGAGCUUCUUGGACCAGUGCAGUCCCGACGCGGGCGAGCGGCAGGUUUUCGAGGGCGCCCUCCUCUGGAAGGAGAAGCGGUACCCCGACGCCAUGAAGCAGUUCCAAGACGCCAUGAAUUCCGCUGGUUAUCA